CGCUUAGAUGCUGCCACGUUUAUAUCAGAGCAUUGUCGUUUCCGCGGUGCGAGUGUAAGGUUAAAAUUAGUGGCUGUGGUGAAGGUCUGAUCAUGAUGUUUAUUAAAGUGUGCUUUCUUGUAGCCGUUUCAAGUAUUGGGUUUUGUGAUGAAAUUAAAAGUGAUGAAGGUGUACUUGUUUUUACAAAAGAUAAUUUCAAAACGGGUAUAACGGAUAACGAAUUCGUGCUCGUUGAAUUUUAUGCACCAUGGUGUGGCCAUUGCAAAUCUCUGGCUCCUGAAUAUAUAAAGGCAGCAAAGAAAUUAGCUGACCAGGAGUCUGCAAUCAGACUAGCGAAAGUAGAUGCAACCGAAGAAACUGAACUUGCAGAAGAGCAUGGUGUGAAGGGCUAUCCUACAAUCAAGUUCUUCCGCAGUGGAUCUCCGAUUGAAUAUUCUGGUGGCCGAACAGCUGAUGAAAUUGUGAAUUGGCUGUUGAAAAAAACUGGCCCUGUUGCAAAAGAGCUGAUUUCUGUUGAUGAUGUUAAAGGAUUUAUUGAUGCAAGCAAUGUUGCAAUCAUUGGCUUCUUUAAGGAUACAUCUUCAUCAGCUGCAAAGAACUUUCUUGCUGCAGCUAAUACAAUUGAUGACCAUCCAUUUGGCAUCACAUCAACUGAUGCUGUCUUUAGCGAGUAUAAUAUUGAUGGUGAGACAGUUGUCCUCUUUAAAAAGUUUGAUGAAGGCCGUGCUGACUUGGAGGGUGAAAUUACUGAAAAGAAUAUUAAGAAUUUUGUGACAUCACAGUCUCUUCCACUCGUUAUUGACUUCAAUCAUGAAACAGCUCAGAAAAUCUUUGGUGGUGAGGUCAAAAGUCAUCUACUCAUGUUCCUGUCCCAACAGGAAGGCCACAUAGAUAAAUACUUAGAUGAUGCCCGUGAAGUAGCUAAGGGCUUCAGGGGACAGGUUUUGUUUGUAUCCAUCAAUUCUGAUGAAGAGGAUCAUCAACGAAUCCUUGAAUUCUUUGGAAUGAGGAAGGAUGAGGUUCCUGCAAUGAGGCUGAUUCGCUUGGAGGAGGACAUGGCUAAAUAUAAGCCUGAAAAGCCUGAUCUUUCUAAAGAUAAUAUAAAUUCAUUUGUGCAAGAUUACGUUGAUGGGAAACUUAAACAACACAUGCUGUCACAAGUUCUGCCAGAUGACUGGGAUAAAACACCAGUGAAGGUUUUGGUCUCCAGCAACUUUGAUGAAGUGGCAUUUAACAAAGAUAAGGAUGUGUUGGUCGAGUUCUAUGCACCUUGGUGCGGACACUGCAAGCAAUUAGCUCCCAUAUAUGAUCAGCUGGGAGAGAAGUUCAAAGACAGUGACACUAUUGUAGUAGCAAAGAUGGAUGCUACAGCAAAUGAACUGGAGCACACCAAGAUUAUGACCUAUCCAACCAUAAAACUGUAUGCAAAGGGUGAUAAUAAGGUUAUUGAAUAUAAUGGAGAAAGGACAUUUGAAGGGCUCUCUAAGUUCUUGGAAUCUGGUGGAGAAUAUGGGGAGGCAGUUCCAGAUGAGUCUGAGGAGGAGGAUGAAGAUGAUGAUCUUCCUCGAAAGGAUGAGUUGUAAAUGUUUCGGAUGAUCAGAGUGGACCGUUUGCAUGUUAGCCAGAAGUCUGGAUAUUUGUGUACAGUGGCAGAGUCCUCCAAAACUGAAUAUUCUGAUGCAUUUAGGACCAGACAAUAUAGCAGGAUACUGGACUGUGUUGUUAUACUCCACUGUAAUUUUCUUGGCUUACAGGACAGGAUAUUGGUUUUUCUUAAAUUACGUUGUACUGCAUGUGUGAUGACUUCUUCCUACCAUUAUAAAAUAUAAGAAUUAUUCUUCCUUUACUUUGCAGUCAGUGUUUGAAAUGUACAGUUGAUUAAAUUAUAUUCUGUCCUGUUUGCUGUGAAGAAUUGCUUUUUAUUGUGUUAUUUAUGUUGUCGAAUGCAUUCCGAAUGAGAAAAAAAUUCCUGCAGUUGACAUUUCAGCACAAAUGGGAAAGAAAAGGGGGAGGGGUUGUGAUUCUUAUUUGUUUUCAUUUAUUCAGCCUUUUGUAUUACUUGUUAUUUUUGUACAACUCUUUGUUGUUAACCCUUCAAGUCGGUGUUAAAAGUAUCUUAAACCUUUCCUUAAAGUUGGAAUUAAAUUCUGAAGUAUAUAAACAAUUUAAGUUUACAUAACCAGAUUUUGUGUGUUUAUAGUGUAAUUCCAAAAUGUUUUUCUAAACCUAAAAUGUAAUGUGACCUUUGGAUCAACUCCAACUUUUUCGUGGUAUGGCAUGUCCUAAAAAAAUCAACAUACCUUAGCACACAACAGGCAGGGUACCGUUGGAUAGUCUUUGACCUUGUACCAUGUUUGGUGGAAAAACACCUUAGAAACUUUGCCUUUUUUUGGGGGGGGCAGUUUUUUCAGAGAAAGGCCUUUCAACCAUACUUUUGAUUUGUCGUUUUAUUGGUUUUCCAACUUCCAGAAAUGUUGGUGCUUGUAAGUGUUGAUGGCCUUUACUAUAUUAAGUCUUAUGACAAAUGGUGGUGUGUUUGUGUUUGUGUGCGGUGAAUUAUGACUGCGUUGUGAACCGUCACAUUUAGGAAUGACGUAAAAAAAUUUGAUCGUAGUUUAAUUUUAAUUUAACUCGUGUAGCUUGGUAGUAGUUGCAGACUGUCGUACAUAUUAGGAUAUGAGCUCUUCUUCUUUACCGCAUGUUUCGUGUUAUUGAAGUUGGAUGAUACGAACAUGCCAUUCUUAUCCUCCCAUUUGAGUGCAAUAAUCUUAUCACAUGUUGCUACAGCACACUGUACUGUUAUUUUAGUUUUUCCGUACAGUGUAAAUGUUCCUGUAAUAUUUGAUUCUGGUUUAUCAGGUACUGAGUUCAAAUAUGGAGACAUACAAAAUUAUCUACUUACAAAAUAUAACCUUUGUUAGGCAAGGUUAUAAAAGUUUCAGAACUCUUUUUAAACUCUUCACUUUGUCUUGAACAUUGAUUGUUAUUGGGACAUUACUUCCAGCAACAGUGUCUCUAAGAAAAGAAAAUUUCACAAUAUUGUGUGCUAGACUUAUAAGCCAAACUAAUAAAAUUAUUUCUUGAAACCUGAUAUGAUAUUCCAUAUAAUUCAUCUGUGUAUGUACAGUGAUAUAAUUUAGCAUCCUCACUAAUUGAUUAAUGUCUCAGGCUUAAGAAUUGGAUGCUACUUUUCCUCAUGUCAGCCUAAAAAAGUUUUGGACUUCUAGCAAAACUGGCAAACCUACAAUCAGAAUACAUUAAAAAUUAAAGUUAUGGCCUUUGUUGAA